AUGCCAUUUGACUUGGCCGAAGCCUUGAAGAACAAGAAAAAUGGUCUGAAGAGUGUUACAACUAAAGUUAUAUCGAUAGAUGGAGUUGAAAGUGAAGAAAAACGAGCUGAAAACGGCGAAUUUGCCGUAGUUUGUGACAAAAGUGAUUCCGAAGAUGGUCAGGAGCAGGGUAACUGUCAAUUUCUUAUAUUUUUACGUUUUUAGAACUGGGUGUUUCUAAACGAAGGAUGAAAAAGGUGGAACGUGCCAAGAAAAUGGGUUUUGUUAUUGAUCUGAAGCCGGAUCUACAGGUCGCCAAGGCUUGUGAAGGCGUGUAUUUGAGGUAGAGUGAUGUUACUUGAAUAGCUGGACUUGUCGUUACUUUUGAUAGUUAGAUUAUAUUGUUAGUUUAAGUUGGUAAGAGACUAUUUUGAUGUUUUUAGUAGCCAGGACGUAGCUGCCGACUUCCAACUUCUGAAACAGCACAAUAUAAAGGCAAUUGUGAAUGCAGCUGCAGGAGUGGGGAACCUUUAUCCGAAAAACUUUAAUUAUCUAAAAGUGGACUUACUAGACCUACCUGAAACUGAUAUCUUGUCUGAAUUGCCUGAUAUCUUAAGUUUUAUGCAUGAAAAUGCUACUUCUGGUCAAUAUGUUCUUGUCCAUUGUAAUGCCGGAGUGUCUAGAGCAGGGACUAUUGUGUUAGCAUAUCUAAUCAAGUAUCAGAAAAUGUCUUUCACUCAAGCUUUUGACGGUUUGAAAGUUGUCAGGCCAGCCUUACAGCCAAAUGCUGGAUUCUUGAAGCAACUUGUUGAGUUUGAUAGGGUUUGUAAUGAGCAUUAAUUGAAUUAAUGGAGCAUUAUGUUGUCAGGACUGUCAUUGUUUAUUAGAUUUGAGUUUAAUAAAGUUUUGAGCGACUAUAUUUUGAAUUUUGGGCUGGAGUUGGUAGUCUUACCUUUAAUAUUGCGAUAUGCUACCAUUUAACAUGCUUGCUAACUGUUUACGCGUGUAUUAACAUAUGCGAAUGUAAUAAUGAUUGCAAUUUCUAAUAGAUGCUUGUUGCAGUUUAUGAUAAGCGAGUAUAGCAUCACUAACAUCUCGUGCGACUCAUACACAACUGAUAAGCGUCCGUUUGUUCAGAACGAUAACUCUGAAUUACCUGUAGUCAGAGUCUUUGGUAUAACUGGUACCGGUAAGUCUUUGCAUGUUGUUUUUAAGGUUUUAGGUAAUUACUGGUAAAAUAUCGUUGUAAAAAUUGUUUAUGAGGAUGAAAAUGUAGUAAAAGUAUACAAGCUUAAAACAAUUGUGAACUAGAGGUUAACUAUAUGUCUAUUAACUUCUAAAAAUAAUAUUUUAGGUGAAAAAUGUUGUGCUCAUAUCCACGGCACUUCCCCAUGCAUCUGGAUGCGGACGAAUUGCCGACUGAGCUCGUCCCAAAAACUUCAGCUCUCUCAAACCCUGUCCCAACGCCUCCGGCAAGCGGGAAUGGCAAUACCAACGGACCCAAUCACUGAAAUAUCCGAAUUUAAUGCAAGGUAACAUCCAAAACUGUAGUAACUCGAAAAAAGUUUCAAUAUUAUAUUUUGUAAAAAGUUUUAUUUCAAUUUAGCAGUUUAGUAUCAACUUUUUGUAUUUUCUAUUGUAAGAUAACUUAAUAUUGUAGUUUUUUAAUGCAAUAAACUUAUAAAGUUAAACUAUUGUGUUACUAUAUUAAUUACUAUAACUAAUAUUCUUGUUAUUAAGAUCGAUUUACGGGUAUUAUGAGAAUAAAUGUUACUUCGUCCGCAUUUCCUUUCGCCAUAUCAAAUACGUCAAGAUGUAUGUGUUUCUUUUUUGGUUUUUAUCAUAUAUAAAUAUUUAAGAGUAAUAUAUAAAGCCAGCACUUUGCAGAAUCACCAAACUGCUUCAAGAUGAAGCCAUUAACGAUUCUAACUUUCAACCUUACUUAUCUCACAUUCCUUUUAUUUUACAAUUUUUCAUCGAGUAUUCUAUCUUUGGCAUGGGCAUGAUAAAGUUCAAAAAAGUAUUGUUCAGAAAGCCACCAUCUUCAGCUACAACCCUUCAAGUGUAAGUUCACUAACUUUAGCUAUAUGAUUUAACUUUUACCGACUUUAGCUAUUAUAUAUGGUUUAAUAUGUUGUAGAUGAAUUUUGAAUUACACUAAAUACAGAAAUGUCUUGUCAACUAUUCAUAAGAUUGAUUUGUAACCCUGUACUGCAAUAUUAAUGUUUACCAUCUAAAGUCAUCAAUUACAGUUCACCUCUGCCGCCGGUAACCAACGUUGCGGUGGAAUUCGACGCUCAUGUAGAUGACAUUUUGAACCCGAUAGAAGAAGAAAAGUCUGAUUAUGUCAACAGUGGGCUUCAGUACAUUUGGGAAGAUGAAAAAACCAGAAGGAAACACAUGAAAAUACCAUCAUUUAUACCCCCAAAAGAUACUGAAAGAAAUGUGACGGUAACAGAAGCAGAAAAGGAGAAUCUUCUGAAGCUACGGAGGAAGUUGGCCAGCACCAGUAAGAAUGUCACACCAUCGCAGCAGCUUUUGAAUUCGACGAUAUUUGAUGGAGAUUUGGGAAGUCAAAGUAAGAAUCAUAAUACAAACAAAUUACUUUGAAACUGUAUUCGCUAUAGCGCAUUUAAAAUCUCAUCUUUAUAUAUAUGAUGUAGACUUACUCAUGCACUGCAGAGUGAUUAAAUUUAAAGUUUUUUCAAUUCCAGAUGGCAAUAACGAUACAACAGCCUUAAAUCUUGACAGCGAACCAGAAGAUGACGAUUCUCUUGGUGGAUCAAGUGAAGUAAGUUGUCGUUCUAACAAAUAAGAUGGCUUGAUUUAGAAUGAAGGACUGUCAGACAUGGAGCAACGUUUUUCAUCUUCAGAUGAAGAAAUGGAAGGGAAUGUUGAGAUUGUAAGACCUCAGAAUUUGGAUGAUUUUCAACAUUCUGGCUGGUAAGGAACUAGUCAUAGGGAUUCUUUGGUUAAAGUGGAUUUGUAAGGGCUCGGGACUAUGUUUUAAGCAUAAAGGGGUCUAGGCAAAGGUAGAGACAUGAAAAAUGCAAAUUUUGGCUUGGAAUUGGUUUUAUCUUAUUUUUAGGGAUCUGCCAGUUUUCAAACCGAAGAGACAUGAUUUGAGUGAGAAGUAUCCUGAGAAACUGAAGCGAGAUGCGGCUAAACGUGCUAAGGAUAGAAAGAAGCAAGAUGGAACAGAAUCAACAUCUCAAGGGAGUUCAAAAGAAAAAACCUUUAGAUACUGUGCCAAUCUCAAUGAUGUAAUUUUACUGUUGUUUGUGUUAUAAACUGUCUUUAAUUAGAUAUUCUACAAUUUUAACUAACUAUUCUACAAAUGCAUUUGCAAAUGUAUCUUGUUUUACUUGUUUAUUAUACACAUAUUUUUAGGUAACAAUCCAUUCCCGACUAAUAAAACGAAAAAGAAAGAGCGUAUCACCAAUCAAACCACUCAAACGAAUACCAUCUCUGUCUACAGUAAACAGUCUUUGUGUCAUGUCCAUUGAAUUAGUGAUAGAUCCGGUCUCAAAAGCAAGAGUACCAAACCCAUCUUCAGACCCUAUAAUGGCAAUAUCGUGUGCAAUAUGUACUGACAUUUGUAAUUGGAGUGGAAGAAGACCUUUUAGUUUUGUCAAGUCAAUUGUGGUUGCAGGAGGCUUAGCUUAUCGUAAAAAUGAGGGAGUUCAAUUGGUCAGCUGUGAAAUGGAGAUGCUACAAGUUUUUUGUGGUAUCGUGCAAAAGUGAGUAGUACUAACAAGUCUUGGUUUCACCAGCUUGGUGUUUUAGAGGGUUGUCAUGGUUUUUUAUUAAACAUUUUGUUUUUAUUACAUAUUUUGGAAUAAUAUCUAAAUAUUAAUUGUUAUUUAUAUAAUAGUUUGAACAAGGUUAUGUAUAACGGGUAGUGUUUUUAGGUAUGACCCGGAUAUUAUGAUUGGUUAUGAUUUGCAUCGUGAAUCAUGGACUUAUUUGGCUAAACGAGCCGAAUUCAUCAAGUAUCCUUUAUGCUCUUUGAUCUCCAGACUUAAAGGUACAUUUUUAAAACUUGAAAUUACAUGUUUCAGCUCUAAAACCGAUAUUUUUAGACUAAAAAACAAUCGAUUUUGAUUAAGAAUCUACUAGACAUUGUUUUUGAAUACUUUUCUUACUUUAAACAUAUUUUUUAAGCCACAUCGAUGUUUGACAAAAUGAACAACUCGAUAGACAAAGGCAGAAUUAUGUUGGAAGUGUGGAGAAUAGUAAGAAGGGAUCAUCCUCUACGAUCCUACAGUUAUUCGUAUGUUGUUAGUGAAGUACUUGAUGUGCCUGUGAUGGAGAUUGGUCAUGAACAGUUUACAGAUUUGGCGGAUUCUGAGGAUUCGGAUUCUAGGUAAGGGCUUCAUAUUGCUUUCACUUCUAAAAGGUUUUAAGUAGUUUCUUGUUUAAUAAAAGCAGUCUUUUUAAGGAAUUAGGUACUGUAAUACGUUGAUAAUGCUUUUACAUGUUGUUUAAUCAACUAUUAAACUUAUGAUAAAUAGUAAAACGGAGUGUUUUUUAUGUUGAAUGACUUUAUUUUAGGCUAUUACUGGUCGAAUUAGCAUUGAAGAAGGCCAAAUACAACAUUCGGAUACUGGAAGAACUGGAUAUAUUUGUAAAAACAUGUCAGAUGGCCCGAGUAUACGGUAUUCAAUUCAGCGAAGUCUUAACCAGAGGUUCUCAGUUCAGGGUCGAGUCAAUGCUGUUAAGAUUGGCAAAGAAACGAGCCAUGAUUCCACCAGCUGUCGGGGUCAAACAACGUGCUCUGUAGGUAUUUUGGAACUGUUUAAUGUUAUGUAAUAGUACAGUAUAGAUGAGUCAGACUAAGUAUCCAAGCCUGGUCACCGCUCAACGAGUGAUACAUGGCAGGACUGUAGCAACUGGCUAGAUCAGCGACUAAUGCUACAGAGUACUAUGGUUUUGAUUCGAAACAUAAAGUUAAAGUAAUGUAAAAUUUCAGUAUGGGAUCUCCAGAGACGAUACCUUUGAACCUAGAACCAGAAUCCGGAAUCUAUCGUGAUCCAGUAGUUGUGCUCGACUUUCAAAGCCUGUAUCCAUCAGUUUGUAUCGCCUACAAUUACUGUUUCUCUACUUGUUUGGGAAAGAUGAGUCGUCUACUACAAGAUCAUGAACAGGAUAUAAAGUUGGGCGCGUUACGGUACACGACCUUGGAACCAGAAGCCAUGUACAAGCUGUUGAAGAGGGAUCAGAUCCACAUUUCUCCGACGGGCGGAGUUUUUGUGAAAGAGAUUGUGAGGAAGAGUAUAUUGGCAGAGAUGUUGAUGGAGCUGCUAGAUACGAGAGUUAUGGUCAAGGAUUCUAUGAAGAAGUACAGUGGUGACUAUGUAGGUUGUUUAUGGUGGUGUUGAAAGGGUUUCUUUUGUUGGGGCGGGGAGGUUCUUGGGAGGAGGGUUGACAAGAAAUGUUGAUGUCUUUGGUUUGCUGUGAUGACAUUGCUUAUGCAGUUUUCGAUGACAUUGCUUACUGUUACAUUUUCAGAUUUUGAAAAGAACUCUAGAUGCUCAACAGCUGGCUUUGAAGCUGGUAGCCAAUGUUACCUACGGCUACACGGCCGCCAAUUGGAGUGGGCGAAUGCCUUGUGAAGAAGUAGCAGAUGCCAUUGUUUCCAAAGGUCGAGAAGCUCUAGAGCGAGUGAUUCAGAUGAUAAAGGACAACUCACAGCGUUAUCAUGGUGCAAGAGUUAUAUAUGGGGAUACUGAUAGUGUUUUCGUCUUGUUUGAAGGUAAAACUGUGGGGAUUUGGGGGUCUUUUGUACAGUAACGGUAAUUUGACUGCAUCAUAUUAGUAUUUUGAAGUUUUUUUUGUCACGAAAUUGCUAUGUUGGUUUUACUGGGGCUCAGUAUAUUGCGAAAGUAUUAUAGCUGUAUUGUUGUAGGUUGCACGAAGAAAGAAGCAUUCAAGUUGGGGAAUCUGAUUGCCGAUGACGCUACACAAGGGAAUCCAAAGCCAAUGAAACUAAAAUUUGAAAAGGUGAUGCAACCUUGUGUGUUGGUCACAAAGAAACGGUAUGUUGGCAUGUCAUACGAGAAAGAAGGAUGUCCUGGGGAGUUUGACGCCAAAGGCAUCGAAACUGUUAGAAGAGAUGGAUCGGUUUUUGUUUCGCAGGUAAGUAUUGAAAAGUAAUUGGAUGAAUAAGCGAAGAAAAUGCACAGUUUAUUAUUAGAAACUAGCUAAACUUAAACCUCAAACACGGUCAGAAAGUCUUUAGAAUUAGGUUCUAGGUGAUUGUAGAUGAUAGUUUAUAUAUUUCAAGUGUAAAGUAAUGCCAUUUUUACGUUCAGAUGGUCGAAAAAUGUUUGAAUAUACUGUUCGAUUACGAUCACUACGCCGUAAUUCAAUACCUGCGUACGAACCUUUCUCAUCCUCAAAAAUAUCCACUAUCCGACUUCAUCAUCAACGCGGAAUACCGUGGAGAAUAUUCAGAGAGAGCUCAGGUUCCAGCAAAGAAAUUGGCAGCGUAAGAGUUUUAUAAGAAGAAUAAAAACAAUGUAUUAGUUUGUUCAAAUAGUCCUGUGCCCUCUAAUCCCUAAAUUUGCUUUGAACUGGGGCAUUAUUUGAACAACCUAAUAGAUCAAUGUUUUCAGUGAAAGAAAAGCGAUUUGCGAACGGUUUGAACCAGUACGAGGAGAACGACUAUCUUUUGUUAUAGUACGACCAGAAGCUCACGUCAAGAAGAACCUGAUCGACUGUGUGGUCAGUUGGGAGGACUUCCAGAACAAUUCUUCACUUCAACUUCACUACAACUACUACAUUGGCAAACAUCUGAUGGCAGCCAUGAAACGAUUCUUCGAUUUGGUACCAUGUCGGCUACGAUACCAUGCUCUACACUUUGAUCAUUGUCCAGGGUAGGUUUGUUUGAGUAAUAAACACAUAUUAUAUGCUGUAACAUUAUAUGUCUAUUAUACGUUGUUUUCAUUGUUAUCAACACAAUAUUUCAUAAAACUCUCUUCAGAUGUGGCAAAAACGGAAAAUCCGACGAAUAUUGUGAUGACUGUUGCUCCAAUCCCCACAAACUUCGCAUCAUCCUCACAAAGAACAUGUUAUACGAAAGAAAACUAGCCAAAGCUUUUGAAUCGUGCAAUAAUUGUGUGAACAUUGAAGCGUUAUCCCUAAACUUUCAAAAUUUACAUUGUUAUAACAGCAAUUGUGGCACUAACAACACCAAGCUCAAGGUACUGCGCGAGUUCCAGACACGAAAGCAAAUUGACAACACAUUCGACGAGGAUGUCGCUUUCUCAACAUUAUAA